UAUACGGCAACACACUUUGUCAGAUGAUGCAAGCAUUCUUGGUUCGCUAGGCGUCAUUAAUUCUCGUGGAGAGGUCUAUAAAAAAGAUCUUCAUUAUGCCUAGUACUCGUUCGCUACCUCUAGCACUGCUCUUGAGAAGUGCAGCAGGGCUGCUCCCUCGCACACCGCAACGCUUGCCGACGCGUCUCAAGUCGUCGCUCCGCACCGAUGCCGAUGCCGUGCUCGACCUACGACGCGUCGACACCUCUCGCUCAGAAUUAGUGUCGCCGGGAGAGUCGACAAUCAGCCGCCUCUGGGAUCUCGAGACGUGGGCUCGACAUCAGAAGGUCGGCCGCUACUGGAGACAUUUGCGCAAGUGGCCGCGGAGCACGACGGCCCGCCUCGUGCUGCCGGUCUGCGUCGCGUUCUCGCUCUGGUCCUGCUUGGCGCACGCGCUGCGCAUUCGGUAUUUCCCAAACUUUUCUGCGCCGCUCGCGCCCCUCACGCUGAUCAGCUCGGCCGUCGCGCUGCUUCUGACGCUGCGAAUGAAUCUUUCUCUCCUGCGCCUCCAGGAAUCUAGACUCGCGUGGGGCCGGCUCGUGCUGCACGCGCGAGAGACUGCGGGUCUAGCGGCGACGUACUGCGCCGCCGCGCCCGCCGAGGCGAUUUGCCGACAUUUAGCAGUGCUCGGGUGGUGCCUGAAGGCGAGCUUGCGGGCCGGCGAGGACGAUUCAGAUGUAGUGAGCACGAUGCUGCCGCCGGCGACGGCGGAGACGGUGCUCGCGGCGCGGAAGCGACCGGUCGCCUUGCUGCGCGGCGCCCACGCUGUCGUCGCCGAGGAGGUGGCCGCGGGGCGGCUCGAUGCGCAGGCGCACCUCUCGCUCCUGACGCAGCUCCACAGCCUCAAUGCGCAAAUCUGUGUAGAAACGAGCAGACAUUGCGUCGAUGGCGUGGAGGUCGACGCGAUGAUUCAGCCGCGAAAUUUGAUUUCUACACAGGCGCAAAUCGGCGUGUGCGAGCGGUUGCUGGCGAGUCCCGUGCCGCCGACGAUCACUCGACACACGUCGCGCGUGUUGUUGUCCUGCGCGUUGCGGCGUCCUCCGAGAUGCCUUCGAUUCGACGGUCGCGGCGAUGGCGUGACGCCGGAUCUACGCCACCUUACGCCAUCGACGCGACGCAGGGCUCGCGUGCGUGCCUCUCGGACUCGAGUCCCUCGGCCUCGCCCUCCCGGCGGUGGCGCUGGCGACGCUCGGGACGAGCUACGUCAUGGUCGGCAUCGACCAGAUUGGCCUCGAGCUCGAACAGCCGUUCCAGCUGCUGCCCAUGAACUCCCUCGCGGCGGCGCUGACGCGUGACGUUUGCGACGAGCUCUGUGUACAUUAACAACUGUAUUAUCACGA